AGAAUGAUCAUUGAUAUAUUCCAGUAUUAAUACCAUACCGUUAAUUGUCAUGCAGCCCAAAUCCACAAUUAUACAAGUCUUUAGAAAUAUAAUUAAAACAUUAACAAGUGAGAAAAGGUUGAAUUUUAUUCCUGGAAGUCCACCUUUAAUUCCCGCAAGAUUCCAACAAUAUAUGAAACAAUAUAGAACAAAGAGCAACGAAAUCUUCUCUGUGAUUCGUAAAGAAAAUCCUUAUUUUACGCCAAAAUUAUAAAAAUUUUAUAAUAUAUAUAUUUGGAAAUUUAUAACACUCUAAAUGUAUAGCGAUGUAUCUACGACAAUCCCCGACUCGUAACGAGAUCGCCUUUAUAACCUUUGGUGUAUCCGAUUAAGCAAUCCAAGUACUCCAACUAUUCCAAGAUGGAGGAAUGACGUUUGUUUUUAUAUCUUUAAUUAUUUUUGUCUAAAAUGAGUAAGCGAGUGCAUACAACUGCAUCUUCGAGAUUAAAACAAGAUUAUUUAAGAAUAAGGAAAGACCCAGUGCCUUAUGUGACGGCUGCGCCUUUGCCAACUAAUAUUUUGGAAUGGUAUGUCUUUCACUUUUGGAAAACAAUCAAAACAUGAGAUACUUUAUAAUAUUAUAAAUGUAAAUAAUUUUAAGUAAGAAAGUCCUCCACUAACGAGGUGUUUUUUUUGCAGGCAUUAUUGUGUAACAGGGCCAGAAAAGACUCCAUAUGAAGGCGGUUAUUAUCAUGGAAAACUUGUUUUCCCAAAGGAAUUUCCAUUUCGUCCACCAAAAAUAUUAAUGAUUACGCCAAAUGGACGUUUUAAAACAAAUACAAGGUAAAAUAAUGCAUACCGUCAAUGCAAAUUCAACUGUAGUUUCAUGAGGGGAGAGUGGUUACCAGACUGCUAAGUUUCCAUAGUGGAAAGUACGCUUUGGCUGCCGCCCAGUGUGGAAAGUUUGUAUCGUGUGGCGGAUAUCUCCGGCGUGCAAUUUUGAUGCUUUCUAAUAUUUACUAUUAAAUUUUCGAAAUCUCCGGCACGCAAUUUCCAAACUUUCCAGUCAGGGCUGCUGCAGGAGACUGGCGCGGUUGACAACACCAUGCAUUCUGUUUUCCCUCAAUGCCAAUAAUAUGCUGUCGCAGGCAAAAAAUUCAAACGACUACACAUAUAUACCGCUGACCACUGAACAGUAAACAUUGAAGCCAUCACUCUUAAAAAAAAGAUGUGCUAUUUUUUGUUGAAUAAUUAAUGGUCAUUCCAGAAAAGGUCCAUACCACCCCCACGGAGGAAAUUGGAAGUUAACCCCCUACCCCCUUCGGAUGUCCUAAUACAUUUACUAUUGUUAGAAACAAUUUUGUCUCCCCUCCCCCUCCGGACGGCAGAAAUUUCCUCCGUGGGGGGAGUGUGGAUCUUUUCUGGAACGACUCAAUACAUCUUAAGUUGUGUAGACACAACACAUGGUUACACACCACUGGUGUGUCACCCAAAUUGUGCCACAGGUAUUUCCCCAACUAUUUCUGCCACAGAAUUCUGCCACACUAUCAAUUUUACAGUUUUUCUGCUGCAAAAUUUUGCCGCAUCAGCAGUUUUUUACCUUUGCCUGCCACGGGAGAUCUCCUGUUAAAGUGCCCAACUUUCCACCAUGGCUAAGUUUGUGCAUGCCAAAGUUUUCUCUGAUUAAUCAGGGAUGGCAAAAUUGUAUGUGGACAAUCUUCGAUGCACAUCAAACGUGGCAGUCAGGAGUAUUUAGUGACCUUUCAACUUUAUCAUUCAAAUAUACACUUGUGUAAUUUAUGUUCACAUUAAUAGCAUGUGAUGAGUAUUUCAGUUUACCAAACAAUUCUCAUUGUACUCUGGUUUCAUUUCAUAAAGGGAUGGUUAUUACUGGACCUCCAGGGAGAACAGUUUAGUCACAACAUAUACAGGAAUAAGAAACAUUUAAGGCUGUUUAUCACUAUGGUUGCUUUGCCUGUGCGAGACAAGCGAAGCAUGUACUGUAGCAGUCCAGCUUCAAAGUUUACAGUCUGUGUUAGCCCUCCUAGGCACUGUCACGAUGCAAGUUAAACCACACCCAACUAUUUUGUGCACAAGUGACUAAUUAUACAUGUGACUUGAAACAAUCGCUUGUCCUGCAGAGGCAAAGUGACAUUAUAAUGGAAAACUGUCACAACCAAAUGCAAGCAACAGUAAAAGAAUAUUUGCCUUCAGGUUAUGUUUGUCAAUCAGUGAUUUCCAUCCUGACACUUGGAACCCAGCUUGGUCUGUCUCAACAAUACUCACAGGAUUACUUAGUUUUAUGGUAAGAUUCACAAAAUAUUGGGCAUGCAAAUUUAGGUUGCCAACAUAUUCUCUCUGGUGGGAAUUAGUAGGAAAUAACCUGGAAACAGGGAUGUGUUAACUGGCAACAAUUCUAACUGCACUUUAAUUAUAAAUAACUGAACUUUGUCUAAUGCAGGUUGAAACAUCACCAACACUAGGAAGUAUUGAAACCCAUGAAUAUCAGGUAAUUAAUUAUUCCACUUGUAUGCUGAGAACAGAAUUAAAUUUGUAGUAAUGUAUUUAAAAUGUUUCUGGUAUUUUUUUAGAAAAAGCAACUAGCAUUAAGUAGUGGUGAAUUUAAUAUAAAAAAUGAAAUUUUUUGUGAAUUAUUUCCUGAAAUAUGCGAGGUAAGAUCUCAGUCAUAUAAAUAUAAUAAUAAUCAUCUGAUAUAAUUGUGACAAAAAAUAAUUAUUACAAUAAAUUAAUAAACAUGACUUUUAAUAUUUGCAAGGAGAUCAAAAUAAAACUUAAAGAAAGAGGUGAACACGAAGUUCAACAAACAAUCCCAAACACAACAUCCAGUGGUCAUGAAGAGAAUGAAGGCCUUGUUGGAAGUACUAUUGCUAACUUAGUUGUAAUUGUAGGCUUUGCAGCUUUUGCAUAUACUGUGAAAUGCGUGAUUCGUGCUGUUGGCAGCAGUUAGACAAGAACCUUUGUAUAGGAAUCAUAGUUAGGUCAAAUAUACAGUAUAAACCUUUACCAUAGGUGUGGCCCAUCAGGAUACCAAGAGAUGUUCCUGUGCUCAAAAUAUGCUUUUUGUCCUAACAUACUAUUAAAAUUAAAUGCUAUUCAAAGUAGGAUUUACCUUUUUACUCUCUUGAAAAUUAAAACCAUCACAAUAAUUAUAAAUUAAAACAUUGAAAUUUACAAUUGUACAUUGAGUGUUAGG